UUUGACGGGACAGCUCGUUCGAACGCUGAAUUCUAAGUUAUGUUCAAACUUUUUUCUUUGUGGAUUCAUGCCACUGACGGAAGGUAAACAGCUUCAGGAAUGGGUGUUUUUUGAAGACGACGGGAUGCUCAGAGUCUUUUCUUAUCUAAUAUUAUGGAAGUUGUUUCUCCGUUUUAUGAAGCGUUUCAUUGAAAGUCUCUUUUAAAAGGAGGAGAUAUUUUGUCUGAUUUUAUCCUGCUGAAUGCUGAUUCCACAUGUUUGAUUCAUGGCGAAUGAAAGAGCAACAGAAACUGAGGAAGAAUCAUAUCCCAUUUUCGAUGAGCAGGAUUUUGUUCAACUUUAUUGCAAUUUCUCUGAAAUUAACCAAACGGAGUAUUCCAAUGAAAAUCUUUCAUUUUGCAAGGUCACAUGGGAUGGUGUAUCAUGUUGGCCUAUGACUUUGGCCGGCAAUACGGCAAGACUUCCCUGUUUUGCUGAACUCAAUGGUGUCAAGUAUGAUGUAAGUGCAAACGCCAGCAGGGAAUGCCUGAAAAACGCCACUUGGUCAAGCUGGUCCAAUUAUCGGUCGUGUAAGCCCCUAACAAUUCCAGAAGAUGAAUACUUACAGGUUCUGUGGGAUAUGCGAGAUGCAGUCACUGUAUAUUAUGUUGGCUACGGCAUAUCGUUAGUGGCUUUAACGCUUGCGCUUUGGAUUUUUAUAUAUUUCAAAGAUUUGCGAUGCAUCCGUAAUACCAUUCAUGCCAAUCUCAUGUUCACCUACCUUCUCUUGGAUGUUACAUGGAUUCUUACGGCUCACCUGCAAUCCAGCCAGGAGUAUGCAGCCAGUCGAGUUGCUUGUUUUUUGACCAUUUUCCUCACUUAUCUGAUGGGCACCAAUUUCUUCUGGAUGUUUGUCGAAGGUCUUUACCUUUUUAUACUAGUAGUGAAGACAUUUUCUGUGGAUAACAUCAAAAUGUUCGUGUAUCUCCUGAUAGGAUGGG